AUGUUUGGAGGAAACUAUCAACACAGUUCUCUGGCUGAAAAUCUUACUUUUUUCUUGGCUCUACAAAACUACAGUACACCAAUUAUCUAUUCCUUCUACCGUACUCAUCAACCGUACUCCAACUACAAAAUGUUCCACGUUCAAAUGGAAAUCCACAGCUUCAACUCGGAUUUGGAUCUCAAAAAGGCGGGAACCUUCUCGAAUGUUCCAGAAAUGCCUGAAAAAUCGAUGGGAGAGAGGAAAUUGAUGGACCGCGCGUUGGAGGAGAAGCGGAAGGGAUUCAGAAGGCACGACACGACGUACAUGUGA